AUGAAUCGUUCCAUCUCGAGUCGCCCGGAACCUCCGGAAGGCCCUCGUAUCGGCCCCGACCUCGACCUGGCCCCGACCCCUGCUCUAGCUCGGUCUCUGAGUCCCCACGCACUCCCAUAUGCCUCUGAGUGGAUUCAUACCGCAUUCGGACCCAUUGUCUUGCCUGCGCCGUUACAUUGUCAUUGGUAUUCCCAGUGGAUUCAUACCGCAUUCGGACCCAUUGUCUUUCUGCCCGUGCAGCUAAUCAGGAUAUAG